AUGCCCGCAGCCUGUCGAGCAGCUUUCGCGGCGCACUCCCUGCUCAAUUCUUUUUCUCUUGGGCACCGCAUGGCCACAGGUAGCGCAAUGUUCUUCUCAAGGCAGCGAAAACUCACCGCGAACGAGGUGCUCGGAGUCAGCCUCGACGCGAGCCCUGCCGAAAUCAAGCGUGCGUUCCGCACCCUCGCGCUGCAGCACCACCCCGACAAGAAGGACGGCGAUGCAGCCCUCUUCUUGAGCAUCUCAGAGGCGUACGAGGAGCUGUCCAGCAAGUCGAGCGGCGAGAGCCCCUCUAUCCCCAACAUGUGUGAGGAGCUGUGGACGGAUCGGUCCGACUCGCCGCUCUGCAAGGCCUGCCUCAACGGCGACCGCGUCGAGGUGAAUCGGCUGCUCGCCGAGGCGCGCUCGGACCCCUUCCAGCAGGACAUCGUAAACAGGCCGGGCCGGUCUGGACUGACGCCGCUCAAGUACGCCUGCGUCAACGGGCACGACGCGAUUGUCGAGAAACUGCUCGAGUCCGGCUGCAGCGUGGAAAUCACGAGCCGGGCGGGCGUGACGGCGCUGAUGGAGGCGUUGCAGACCGCGCUUUCCUUCGCAUGCAUGGCGAGGAGCGGCAGCGAGGCGCGGUGCCGCCUUGGCCGCGCCGGCGCCGACCGCUCUCGCCCCGACGGCGAGGGGAGGACGGCGGCACACUUCGCGCGCAAGGUCAAGAACGAGGCGGUGGCGGCGUGGCUGGAGAAGGGCAUCGACGCGGCGAAGCACGCCGGACUCCAGUCCGCUGUUCAGCUGGUGGUGGAUUGCGGAUGA